AUGAUCUAUACUAUUGAUCACUUCAUAAAUAACAAUUCAAAGUUAUUACCUGGAAUUAAAGUUAACUAUAAAAUAUUAGAUUCCUGUUCAUCAAGACAUGCAGCGGUGACUUUCCUUACUUCAAGUCUGGCCGCAUCUGUAACAGAAAGUUGCCAACAACUUGGUAGCAAUAAUGCAGUAGUCUCUAACCAUUCAUCGUCAACUGGCCAUGUUCCUACUAUUGGCGUAGUAGCGGAGAAAACAGAAAGCAUUACAACAGCUCUUGCAUCAUAUACAAGUAGCUUAUACUUACCGCAAGUAAGUUAUAACUCAGAUAGUACUUUACUCAACGAUCGUAGAUUAUUUCCAUACUUUUUUAGAACUACAUCACCAUUAGAGCUUCAAGUACAGGCAAUCGCUGAUAUCGUGGCUUAUUUCAAUUGGAAUUGGGUUUCAAUAGUAAUAGGGGGCUUGGAUACUUUCAACAAUCUACAAAAAAUUCUAUUUUCACCUUUUGAAAAUCACAGUAUCUGUAUA